UGUCUAUAAAGUUUUUUCAAACUCGCAGUGCUGCAGCAAUGGCGGCUCCCAUGUCCUGGAGGAGGCUGGUGUACUCCGUGUACUCACCGGCCAUAGCUGGGGUUUUUACCCGGAUAUCUGACCGGGUGUUCCGUGCACGGGACCGGCGAGGAGGGUCCUCCGUGCUCCUUCUUGCCCCUCUUCUGGCUGAAACCGACCCAGCCCCUCAUCGCGUCUCCAGGCCCACCAGCUCAGCCGGAGCCCAGCAAACAGAAGGUCUUUGCAGCCACUUCCGAUGGAUGGCAGAGCAUGUACCAGCCUUCCGGGUGCCAGGUUCCCACAUCCACAUUCUGACGUCACCUGACCAAUUCUACCAGGCAAUGAAGGCUCGCAUCAAGACUGCACAGAGGCGGGUGGUGAUGGCCUCCCUCUAUCUGGGAACCGGUCAGCUGGAGCAGGAGCUGGUGGACUGUAUGGAGGAAGCCCUCCAAUGUUCCCAGGACAACAGCCAGUCUCCAGACCUGAAAGUCUCCGUAUUGCUUGACUACACACGCGGAUCACGAGGAAAGAUUAACUCAAGGACCAUGCUGCUACCUCUGCUGCAGCGCUUCACAUCUCAGAUGAGGGUAUCUCUGUACCACACUCCAGAUUUGAGGGGGCUGCUGCGCUUGCUAGUCCCCCAGCGCUUCAACGAGACCAUCGGAGUCCAGCACAUCAAAGUCUACCUGUUUGAUGACAGCAUCAUCAUCAGUGGGGCCAACCUGAGCGACUCGUACUUCACCAACAGACAGGACCGGUACGUGCUGCUGGAGAACUGCAGGGAGGUUGCCGACUUCUUCUCCGACCUGGUGGAGGCCGUGGGAGACGUCUCCCUGCAGCUCCAGCCCGACGACUCGGUGACCAUGCUCGAGGACAUGGUGCACCCGUACAAAGGCAACCGGCAAGACUUCUCGGCAGUGGCGAGGAAGCGGAUUAUGGAGGUUGUAAACUCGGCCCAUAUUAGGCAGCGGCUUCUGAACCAGUCGGAGGACUCUGAGGAUGAGGGGAUGAGCGAGGUGGAGGAGGACACCUGGGUGUUCCCGCUGGUGCAGAUGAAACCUCUUGGCAUCAGAGUGGACGAGCAGGUCACACAGCGUCUGCUGACCGAUGCCGGACCCGAGUCUACUGUGUUUCUCACAUCGGGUUACUUCAAUCUGACCCGGGCGUACAUGCGGCUGGUGCUCAAGGCUGGAGCCAGUUACCGUAUCCUCACCGCCUCCCCCGAGGUCAAUGGGUUCUUUGGGGCCAAGGGCAUCGCUGGAGCAAUCCCUGCAGCGUACACUCACAUCGCCAGGCAGUUUUACAAACAGGUGUGCCAGGGGGGCCAGCAGGAGAGGGUACACCUGCAUGAGUACCACCGACCAGAGUGGACCUUCCACGCUAAAGGUCUGUGGUAUUACCUCCAGGGGCAGGAUCGGCCUUGCCUCACUCUAAUUGGCUCCCCUAAUUUCGGUUACCGCUCGGUUCACCGUGACCUGGAGGCCCAGAUUGCCAUAGUAACGGAGAAUGAGGAGCUGCAGAGCCAGCUGCAGGAGGAGCAGGAGAUGUUGUACCGGCGCUCCGCUGAAGUGUCCACCUCUACGUUCGAGCGGCCCGACCGCCACGUUAAACUGUGGGUGAAACUGGUCACGCCACUCAUCAAGAACUUUUUCUGAGGUGGCAGACAGUCCAUUCUGGACAUGAAUUGAAGGUGGAGGUCGGCCAGCUCCUGUGGAAGAAGCACACUCUGGAUGACCUUCAGCACGCUGGGAGCCGGCGUCCUCUGUGUGUCAUAGGAAGUGACUGAAACACAUGCGCACACACACAGCACAUGUAUGUGGCGGACUCGGGAGGUAAAUCCUGUUUGUUAAAGCUCUGGAUCCACCUUCACACCGUUACACUCUUUAUGUAUUAACACGUGACGUCAUAGCACUGUGGGACUCUGGUUUUGUAGUGUUAUUAACUACAAGCAUAAAAAAAAAACAAAAAAAACGUACUUCUGUUAACAUACGUACACGUCCACAGGUAUGUGUUGCAUGCAUGGAGGAAAAAAGCAGGCACUUCAUGUGUGAACGUCUCUGAUCAGAUGAAGGUUGUUUGGUGACGACACCUCGAUGAGCGUUUGACGCUGUGUUUACAGCUCUGCCUGCAGUAAAGUUGACUGUACAGUCUGUGUUAUUGUUGUAAAUUAAAGAGUGAAUGUGUGGGGAGUUUUUAAAGUGUCCUCAAGCGUUUGAUUUUUCUGAUUGAGCUCGAGUUCAGCGAUUCGUGUGGAAAAGCUUUAAACGAGAGAUGAAACAAAGCUGACGUGAAAGGUUUCCUGAGGUUUGGUGUCUAUUAGCUCUUUGUUUUGGUUUUUCUGCUCGACGACCACUCCUGCUGGUUUUUUACAUGUUAGAUAUAAAAGAAAAUGUUUUCUGAAGCUGCUCUGUUUGCUUUUGUUGUGUUCCUUAUUCUUUGUGUGUUUUCAGUCUUUUUUUUAAUCUUUUGUUUUAUUUGUUGAAUCCUAUUCAUCACUUCAUUAUUAAAUUAACAAUUCAGCCUCGUUUCAUUAGUUGUUUCUUUUUAAAUGUAAAGAUUUUAAAAUUUUAGUCUAAAUAACAAAAAACAAAACCAAAGCAUCCUUUGUGAUUCUAAAAGAAAAACUGAAUAGAAAAUAGAAAUCUAUUUGACUUUAAAGUCAAAUUAUUUUGGGAAUGACUGACCUUGACAGACAGCUUCAGUGAGGCCAAUGCGGAAAUGCAUUCUUUCUAAUGGCCACCAGGGGCAGACUUCUCUGGUUGCAAAAACAAAUAUGCUUGUAUAAAAGUUUACAAGAAAACCUCAAAUUCUCACUUGAAUACUUUCCUGAUGUGUUUUUGAUCUUAGUUUCAAGUCAUUAUACAACAUGAAGCUAUUUUUGUAAAAUAAUCCCAAUAAAGUUAAAAAGGUUUAAGCAA